AUGCCAGUCAGGCACAAAAAUCGGAACCGUGCUCCUUCGGGAGGGAAGGGAAAAGGAAAGAAGGGAUCCGGAAAGAAAGCGUCUCAGAAGAAGAUAGCAGAGGAAAAGGGAACUUUCCAAGAGCUUUCAUCUUUGCCUGAACAGGUGCACCCUUCGCAGGCGAGCGAGGCGGUGAUUGGCUUUGCAAAGUGCCUGAGUGAACUUGACCUUCAGCAAGAGAAGUUGUCCAGCAACAAAUGCCUACUGCUUCAGCAAUCUUCCUCUUCUCCCUCCCUCUCCUCCACCGCCACAGAUUCAGAUCAGAUCACAAGCAGCGACUUUGAGUCUGGUUCAAUGAGUGACAAAGACAAUUUCACCGACAAGCAGCAGGGAGUCUCAGCAGUCGAGGAGCCAAAGUCUCGCUCCGAUGCUGUCACUCUACUGCGUUCUCGGACAGUCUCUCGUUCCUCUUCAAGCGAGGCGUCUGCCCUGGCGGACUCAUCGCUUCAGUCGAAGGCACAGGGUUCUGCAGGCGAUGAUCUCCAAUCGGCCACUGCACCUCAGACUCAGGUGACUGCCUCAGAACCUGCUACCUCUUCAAAGAAAGGAAAGAAGAAGAAGAGUAAGAAAUACAAAAAGGUCGAUCUUGCGUCGAUCGCGCCCGAUGCUGCCCAUAGAAGAUCAUCCCGCACGCCCAGUAGUCAGCCAAGCGCAGAAAUUCCAGAAUCUCAGCCCCCAAAGAAGGGAGGUGAUAUCUGCGAUACUGCUUCAUCCUCAGUGCUGAAAGAGACCCCUCAGAGAGUUGACAUACCUCCAAGCGCAAGAGAAACCAAGACUGUUGACUAUUCUGCGGCCGUCAAGGAGACUAAUUAUCACGACAAACACGCCGCGCAGGCCGAAAAGAACCCUCAGACCAAGAGUGCCCAGGCUAAAGAGGCAGUGAAUGCAAACGAAGACAAAGAAGCCCACGAGGUGCCAGCUAGACGGUCUAAAUCUUCAAAGUCGGACAAGAAAGGAAAACGGCGCGUUGCCAGGGUCGAUCCGGUCACCGGAGACGAGAUCCCAGAAGAUGCCCAAGGGAGCUCUUCUUUCCCAGCGAGCAACACACCCAUUGCUGACAUUGAAGAGGGAAUGAAGGGCAUCACUCUAGAUUCCAGCACUAAUGAGUCCUCGGCAACCUCAUCAGCAAUCUCAACUCCGCCUUCUCGCCCAGGCCAGUCCUCGCGCAGGACCAGCAGUAUUCACAGAGAGAAGCUGUCCCCUAUCCAGGAAGCAGCAGGAGACAUUGAUGCCGACACCAAGAACCUUACUUCAGAAGCACGCAGCCUUCUGACAAGUACGCCCAAAUCGUCCACCACUGCCUGGAGCAGUUUCGGACCACAGGCCACAUCUCAAAGCGAAGGAUCUACCGCUGAAUCCACUGAGACUGGAAACAGACGCCAGGAAGUCUCUGUCAAAUCUCCUAGGCACACUCACCCUGGGUCGCCGGCUGGAGGCGAGCAAUCCACUCUGGCAGCAGCAAGCUCUCAAGGAAGUGUCUCGACACAGAAGCCCGAGGGUUUCUUCUGGCAGCUAGAUAGUCAUGGUUUCCCUUGUGCAAAGCAUGGAUGCGAUAAACGCUGCAACUUGUGGGAUGGAGCAACCGUGAUUUGUCCUGGCUGCGGCCCCUACUCCGAGGUUCACUACUGUUGCAAAGAGCACAUGUUCGAAGAUGUCAAAUAUCAUUGGAUGUACUGCGGACAGAUGACCUUCGUGCACCCCUGCCGGGAAUCGUCAAUUCCUCGUCAGGUGAGAGAAGGUCCCAUUAUGAUACCAUGUAUCCAUCCCUACGACGCACCCGAACGUCAUCGUCAGGCGGUACGUUUCAGCGCCGACACCCGCGCAGGAGAUUACUUCAUAUUCUCAGAUUGGGUGGAUUACGUUGAAGCUGGGUUCCCCGAGAACACCUUGGAUGUACGCUGCCCUCAUAGGGUGCUGUACGCGAUCAAAUUUGACGACCCUGUGGAGAAGGAUCGCUUCCGUCGGGUUCUCGCCAUCUGCCUCUUCAUGACGCUCGACGUCCACGAACUGGUGGAUUUUCUCUUCCGACUGAUCCGAGAUAAACUGCGCGCAGAUGGCAGGGACCAAGAGUUGGAGGUUUCGCUCAAAUAUCAAUUCCAGACUGAAUUCAACGUGACCAUACAAGAGACAAUCACUGGGACCAGACACGCCUGCGAUACGGACUGGAAUGGAAAGAACCGUCGCAAUUGUCCCGACGCGGGAUGUCGGUCUGAAUUCCGUCGUCUGCUGGGGACUCCCCCCGGUAGAGGUCUCGGUCAGAUGGUCGACCAUCUCGAGGGGACGUACUGGAUCCUACGAACCGCGAGGACGACCCACCCUAGCGUUACCAACAUCGCUGCGCGCAUGCGCGGGGAGGGGUUCGACCAAGUGGCCGAUGAGGACCAGCGAGACUUCCGUCGUGGAGAUGAAUGGGAUGGUGCCGGUAGUGGCGAAAGGGAGAUCGAGGGCAUCAAUGCCUAA